AUGGUGGGUAUAUCCCUUCCUAGGCAGAAGCAGGCGUGGUUACAAGCUCGAGAAGAGCUUCGUCAGGUGCAGAUCGUGACUGUAAAACAGGGUUUGAGUCUUACUCCGAGUCUCUACUUCGGCACGCGGCGAUGCACGUACAGCACAGUCGUGUCCGUGGUUACAACAGCUUUACCACUGCCAAGAUAUGAUCCGUUAGGCCAACAAACCUGCGCUACUACCAUGCCUAAUGAUGCCUCUCGAUGGGCUGAAGAGCGUUCCGUUGAGCAAAAGAAGAACAAGGAUUGGGUGAACAUUCGACAAGGGCUGCAGCGUCAGGAGGAACGAGUUUGUGUCAAGUAUGAUCUUCUUGAUGGUGUACUGGUGGUGAAAGGUCAAGAUGCUGUACGAGUAUUGCGGAUUCCUCAAGUGUAUUCGAUUUUGCUUCGGGUGAUGCAUGACUUUCAUGAUGCUGCUGUGGUUGCCCAUCCUGGAGUUGAACGCACCAUGGUAGCGAUGCGGCAAUACUUCUGGUGGCCUGGGAUGCGAGAGCAUAUCGCGCAAUACUUUGCGACUUGUGAAGCGUGUGUUCGUCAUAAAUCUGGAUCUCGUCGUCGCAAAGGCUUGCUCCAGUCGCUUCCUAUUCCUGAUCACUGCUGGCAGCAUGUUACUACAGAGCUCAUCCAGCAUUAA